AUGGGAGAAGAAUAUGAAGAUAGGGUGGAUGAUUUUGUCAUUUCUCUAAACCCUACAAACAACUUUACCCUCCAAUCUCCAUCCCCAACACUCACUCACUUACUUUCACGGCGGCCAUUUUUGGAGCAGCUCCAAACGGAAAGAUGGUCACUUUCAAAUGUGGAAAAUGCAAUGUCAAAAUGGAAAAUCCUAAGGAUGAAGCAAUUCAAGCCCACAGGAUGGACUGCAGAAAGGCAUUCAGGGAAACGGGUAGGCAGGAGGCUAAAUGGGCCAAAGGAGACUGCUAAACUGGUCCAAGAGAAGGCCGAAGAAAAAGCUAGCCAGGACAAAGAAAGGGCCAAAAAUGCCCAGGCCCAAGAAAAGGCCAAAGCCAAGUGGGCCCAAGCCUGA